AUGAAAGAUCAUGCCAUUCUAUUAGCUUUAUUAGCUUUAAUUAAUGUUUCUAUAUCGGAUCCUAUCCCACCCGUUGAAAACUCGAAUAAUGAUGGUAAAGUAAAUUCAGUUAAUUCAAAUUUCUUGAAAUUAGGUUUUGAAAAAUUUUAUGCUGAUUCAAUUAAUGAUAUAGUUAUCGAAUAUGAUAAUGACACCGACGAUUAUCGUUUACAAAAGAGAGACUCCAUUAUAGAUUUGAAAGAGUCAAAACCAUAUGUCAAUUUAAUAAAAAGAAACGAUGGUUAUGAAGAAAUUCAAAUUAUAAAUCAACAAUCAUUUUAUUCUGUCAAUUUAAGAAUUGGUACACCAGCACAAUCAAUUACAGUCUUGGUAGAUACUGGGUCAUCAGAUCUUUGGGUCACGGGUUCUGAUAAUCCUUAUUGUAAGAGCAAUAGUGGUAAAUCGACUAACCUUUUGACUCCUACAGAUUCAGAUUCAGACUCUGAUUCGGAUUCACAACCAGAUCUAGAAAGUGGAUCUUCAAGUGGCAAUAAUGAUGGUGAUGAUGGCUCAAUUUUAUCUUGGUUUGAAAAAUUCAAAUUUUGGAAAAAUAAUAAUAAACAAGAAGAAGUUGCGAAGAAAAAUAUUGUAAUUAUUGAUGAUGUUUUACAAAUCAAAAAUGCACAAGCAGAUUCAGAAAAACCAGAUUGGAAUCCCUUCGGUUGGGGGUCUACUGCUACGGCCACUACAGGUGGUAAUAGUGGCUAUCAAACAAUGUCCCUAGAUCCAUCUCAGGCGACUAUUAAUUGUGAUACUUAUGGUACUUUUGAUAUUGAAGAUUCUUCCACUUUCCAAUCCAAUAAAACUUCAUUUGCCAUCCGUUAUGCUGAUACUUCUUAUGCUACUGGUGAAUGGGGUCGUGAUGUUUUAACUUUUUCAGAUGGGUUAAAUGUUACUGGUCUUUCCUUUGCUGUGGCAAAUCAAACAAACUCCACAGUGGGCGUCUUGGGGAUUGGCUUGCCUCAAUUAGAAGUCACUUACUCCGGUGUAUAUCAAUCUACAAAACCUUAUAUCUAUGAUAAUUUCCCAUUAGUGUUGAAAAAUUCAGGUGCCAUCCAUAAAAGUGUUUAUUCAUUAUAUUUAAAUAAACAAAAUGCUAAAAAUGGUAAUGUUUUAUUCGGUGCUGUUGAUCAUUCACAAUACGAAGGUGAUACUUUAUAUACCGUCCCAUUAGUUAAUGGUGAUUCUUCAUCUGGUUAUUCUACUCCAAUUGAAUUCGAUAUCACUUUACAAGGUCUUGGUGUUACCGAUAAUACAAAUAAUUAUACUGUGACAACUACUCAAAUCGUGGCAUUAUUGGAUUCCGGUACCACAUUAACUUAUUUCCCAAAAGAUAUGCUAAAUCUAUUAGCAAAAACAAUUAAUGCCUCUUAUUCCGAUGCUUUGGGCUAUUACGUCAUGAACUGUCCAGAUUCUGAUGAUAAUACUCAAAUUGUAUUUGAUUUCGGUGGAUUCCAUAUUAAUGCCAAUCUAACUAAUUUUGUUUUAUCAUCUGCUUCUGGUAAAUGUGUCUUAGGUUUAUUACCAUAUAAUGGUAAUUCUGCCAUUUUAGGUGAUAUGUUUUUAACUCAUGCUUAUGUUGUCUAUAAUUUGGAUGAUUUGGAAAUUUCAAUGGCUCAAGCUAAUUAUGAUAAUAGUAAUGAAGAUAUUGAAGUUAUCACAUCUACCGUUCCAAAUGCUGUGAAGGCUCCAGGUUAUUCUUAUACUUAUUCUACUUCUAAAUCAAUUGUUUCUGGUGGUAAUAUCUUCGGGUCUACUACCUAUUCAAUAAAUCCAUCUUCAUCAAAUUCAGGAGAUAGCCAUGAUUCCACCAGUACUGUUCAAGGUACUGGUUCAACCUCUUCUCGUAUCAGUACCCGUACUACUUCAAAGACAAAACAAGCAAAUGAUGCCUCGAAUUUGUUCAGUCCUACGAAUUCUUUAUUCACUUUAUUAUUCACAUUCAUUUGUACUUUACUCGUUUGA